CUAAUAUACCACUUACUCAAAAGUAGCCACUUGACACGCUGCAUGUCACUUGGUCUCGCUCCAUUUCUCGCAGCAGGGUAGUGCCAGCCAGCCCGUCUUCAUCCUCUCGCCUUUCAUCGGGGACAGAUCUGCCGGCUUGACUGGGGUUGACUACUGGGGGUUCCCUGACUAUUUUCUUUUAUCAUUUCGCUGUACAUUUACCAAGAUGAAGUUUUACCCUCUUCUUGCCGUAGCGGUCUUCGUUGUGGCAGGUCCGCUUGGGAUCAGCGAAGCAUAUUCGCCUUUUGGCGGGUACAACCGCGCAAUGCUGGGCAAUGUAUGGGUGCGAGCGGACAGCGCAAGUCCUUCUGCCGAAACCAAUGAACAGAGAAUGACAGGAGCUAAACGACCAGCCGACUCACCAAUACGCCACUCGGCGUUGGCUUUCGGUAAGCGGGCCGACGAUUCCGACAGCGAAGUCGUCGAGAGAAGAGCUUUCCACUCUGGCUUACCCUUCGGCAAGAGAACAGCCAUGGACAGACGGGGAAUACACACAGCCCUACCUUUCGGCAAGAGAACAGCCAUGGAUAGACGGGGAAUACACUCGGCCCUACCCUUCGGGAAACGUGAGGAGGAAGAGGCAGAGCGAGAUGCACUGAUGGAGAGGAGGGGAUUCAACUCGGCCCUGAUGUUCGACAAACGGAUACACAGUGCACUGCCGUUCGGUAAGCGCGGGUAUCACAGCGCCCUGCCUUUCGGGAAGCGUUCGGGUAGCGAGGAAGAAGGUGCAACAAUGGAUCGAAGGGGAUACCACAGCGGGCUGCCUUUCGGGAAGCGUUCGGGUAUCGAGGAAGAAGGUACAACAAUGGAUCGAAGGGGAUACCACAGCGGGCUACCCUUUGGCAAGCGUGAAGAUGGUACUGACGCAGCAGUCAGCGACAUAUUAAGUCAACUACGGAGUGAUGAUUAAGAGAAAAUAAACAGACACUUUAAUAAGGACGUUAGAGCUAAUGAUUGCUGUGCUAAGAAGACUCUUGCUAUGGGGUUUAGAUUAAUAUUUUCAAAUCCCUUCUCAACCCGAAUAGGCUGAUAUGCCGUUCGAAAGGAGAGGGAUCAUAUUUACAAGACUGUGGACUAUUAAACUCUAAUUUUACUAAUUACCAUUGACAGUACUGGAUCAUUUCUUGUCUACAUAGUUUUACUCGGGCAUUUAUUUCCACCAUACCUAGCUUAACUACGGUUGAUUGUGAAUGACACAGUGCCUGUUACAAACACAAUGUGUAACACAGUGGUAUGCGUGCAGUUUUCUUUGCACAUUCUCGGUUUUUUGCACUGUAUACAGAAAAUGUAAACAAUCACAAACCUGCAACAUUUGUGCCAACAACUUCACACUGCCCUUUACCGGUAUUUCCAGAGUGACUGCCACUCAGAUUUCUGCCACAAAUAAUGUAGUACAGCAAAAUGAAUAUGUACUUUCAUUUUUCUAAGUGUCUAACAUAAUUCACCUGAAAUAACGCCUACAUGAAGUUGUGGUUUUGAAUCUCACUUCAAACUUCCGGUCUGAUAAGCAACUACUGGUGAAAUAAGUUUGGAUAGUCGUAUAAAUCAGGCCUUUUAAUAAAUGUUAAUUCAGGUAGGAUUCGUUUGAAGUAUCAAAAUCAAUGUGGCACACAUUUUGACAGUUUUUAAUAUCUACGAUAGGCAGCCCGCUGAACUUGUCAAAGAUUCAACAACUUUCACAGUGCGCCACCAAUAUUAAACAUUUUAUCCACGAUACCACUUUGGUCAUACGGCCUACAUUACACAUUGUAGGAUCAAAUUUAUCCCUCCCGCAACAAAAUCGAUGGUUAAACGAAAAAGGUGUAAAGUAUGGGAAAAUAGCACAAUAUCCGCCACAGAUGGUCAACUGAUGACAUUUGUAAAUAAAAGUAAAAGAUUUUAAUUUUGUCACCACAUUAUAGCUUCUGCACGCAUUACUUUACUGUAUUAAUCGGAUACAAUAUCGAAAUAAAUACUGAUAGAAAUUCUUUUAUGAAUUUGACUGGCUCGUUGAAAGUGACUUUGUGCUUGAUAGGCACAAAUAAGUUGACCAAUUAAAUACAUUCCAGUGAAGUCGAAAUAGUUAGUCCAAACUGUAGAACUAAGCUGUGUCUUAUUCACUUAUAGAUUGUUGUGGAAAUGUACAAAAUUAAUUAUCCUUUCAUUGACGACAGUCUCUGUCCUUUUAGUUUGCUAAAUAAACACAAUUGGUGAUAAGAACAUAAUGCAUUCAUUUCAUUGAAGCAGGUGAAGUAAAGCCAAUAGUGUGAAAUUUAAACCGAAACGGAUAUUAAAAUUUGGUUAAUAAAAAUCGAUUCUGACGAACGGUCUAUAAAGCAUUGA